AUGGAAUGUCCAUCCUUGAGUCUAUCGGCACUUCAGGUGCCUAAAUAUCUGGCUGGUAGGUGUGAUGGUGAAGGAAAUGUACAAACUAGUGACCAGAAAGGUACUGCAGAAUCCGGCCUGACGAGGCGGACGGAGAAACGAGUGCAUGCCAGAAGCAAUCCACGAGAUUGCCAACGCAUGCUUCUUUCCUUUCUCCCCUCAUUCUUCCACUCUCCUCUAACUUCUUUCAUCUCUCUUCUCACCUCUUUCCUCUCUCCUUUCUUCUUUAUUUAUUUUCCUCUCCUCUCCUCUCUCCCCUCUCUUCUCUUCUCCAUCCUCUAUCCUCUAUCCUCUCCUCUCUUUCCUGUCUCCUCUCUCUCCUCUCUCUUCUUCGCUCUCUCCUAUCUCCGCUUUCCUCUCACUCCCUCCACUCUCCCGUCUCCUCUUUCCCCCAACACUUGA